AUUAAGAAGAGUGAUUCGUUUCUCUGUAGUGAAGAAAAACGGCGUAGUGCCUGAAUCAUAAUGCAAAAGUUUUAUUUUUUUAUUUUCCUUUCUGAAAUGUGAAAAUGUCCGAACGGUGGCCAAGUUUAGUGAGGCUUUGCUUGUCAAUUUAUUGAAUUCAUCCAAAAAGACAGUUUUAUAGAAGACAGGAUGUAUUAUUGAUUACCAGGUGGUUGUAAUUGUAAUCACGACAUGGCAUCGCGCAGAUGGUUUCAUCCGAACAUAUCAGGUUUAGAAGCCGAACGACUAUUAAUGGAACGUGGAUAUGACAGUUCUUUUCUGGCAAGGCCUAGUUCUUCUAAUCCGGGGGAUUUCACCUUAUCUGUUAGGCGAAACGGAGAAGUGACUCACAUAAAAAUCCAGAACACAGGAGAUUUUUAUGACCUAUACGGAGGUGAAAAAUUCGCCACACUUUCUGAACUCGUCCAGUUCUAUAUGGAAAACGGUGGACAGCUGCGAGAAAAAAAUGGCGAAGUUAUAGAACUAAGAUAUCCAUUAAACUGCGCUGAUCCAACGACUGAAAGGUGGUUCCAUGGUCAUUUAUCCGCGAAAGAGGCCGAGCGUCUGAUGUUGGAACGUGGUAAAAACGGCUCCUUUCUCGUCCGUGAAUCACAGAGCAAACCUGGUGAUUUUGUUUUAUCUGUGCGGACGGAUGAUCGUGUGACUCACGUUAUGAUUCGAACUCAGGAUAAUAAAUACGACGUCGGCGGAGGUAACAAAUUUGAUAGUCUCAGUGAUCUUAUAGAACACUACAAGCGUAAUCCGAUGGUGGAAACUAGUGGAAGUGUUGUUCAUCUUCGGCAACCUUUCAAUGCGACGCGAAUAAAUGCUAGUGGAAUUGAGAGCAGAGUUAGGCAAUUGCACAAAGAAAAUGGCUGUUCCAAUGGAUGGCUUUGCUGGAAUGGUGCAGCAACAAGCGAAGAAGGUGGAACUGUUCGGGGAAAGGGAAAGGCUGGCUUUUGGGAAGAAUUUGAAUCUUUACAGCAACUCGAAUGCCGUCAUCUCUUCUCGAGACAAGAAGGAUUGCGGCCUGAAAAUCGAGCCAAAAAUCGAUACAAGAAUAUUCUGCCAUUUGACCACACAAGGGUUCUUCUGAAGGAUGCUGAUCCCAAUGUGCCUGGGUCGGAUUACAUAAAUGCUAAUUAUAUAAAUAAUGAAGAAAAAGAUGGUUCGGGUCUCGGAAUUGGAGUGGGAGAUAAUGUACUCAAUAAAUGCUACAUAGCGACGCAAGGCUGUUUGCCGAAUACCAUUCAAGACUUUUGGCACAUGGUUUAUCAGGAAAACACUCGAGUGAUCGUUAUGACUACAAAAGAAAUCGAAAGAGGGAAGAAUAAGUGUGCGCGAUAUUGGCCAGAGGAAAAGGGCGAGGUUAGUGAGUACGGCGGGGAAUGGAAGGUACGGGCACUCGGUGCUACGUCGACAGCAGAUUAUACCUUGCGCGAAUUUCUACUCCAAGGAAAUAAGCCCAACUUCUCAGAACCAAGAACGAUUUACCACUACCACUUUCAGGCAUGGCCUGAUCAUGGAGUCCCGUCGGAUCCAGGUUGUGUUUUGAAUUUCCUCCAUGACGUUAAUGCUAGGCAAGAAUCAAUUGCCGCGACUGCUACACCUGGAGUUCCGAGUAGUCUAACGCCUACCAAUGUUGGGCCAAUUCUCGUUCAUUGUAGUGCAGGAAUUGGCAGAACUGGCACAUUUAUCGUCAUUGAUAUGAUACUGGAUCAGAUUAAACGCCACGGGCUCGACUGUGAAAUUGACAUACAAAGAACCAUUCAGAGGGUAAGGUCUCAACGAUCCGGAAUGGUUCAGACUGAAGCGCAGUACAAAUUUGUGUACCUCGCUGUUUUGCAUUAUAUUGAAACCGUAUCGCAACGUAUGCAAGCCGAACAGAAAUCGCUGCAAUUAGGCCGAGAAUAUACCAAUAUUCGCUACAAAAGCGAAUCUAAUGCCAUUAAUUCUGGCCUCGGAGAGACGCCAAUCUCUACGCCAACUGUGCUUUCAAAUUCGGCGAGUUUUAAUCUCCCAUCUCCAGUCGGAAGCCUCAGACCGAAUCCAGCUGAAGAACUCAUAGAUCCACAUUCUUUUUAUUACAAUAGGCAUCGUAAAGAAAUGCAGAAACCUAUGAAAGAUGAAAAAAGAAGCUCAGUCGAUACUGUUACUUCUACGGAAAGUCCCGCAGAAUCUGUGGAUUCUCUGAAUUGCGAUUGUGAACAAAAGUUGCAGGAAUGCAGAGAUGAGAAGCUAAACAAAUUGCCAUUUGAGCUAUUUUCUAAAAGACUAGUGAAUAUGCUAUUAGCGCAAGUAGUUUUUGAGGAAGAAGAUGAUAUUUUUAAAGGAAAGGUUCACAUAGAAGCGAGUGUCUCUCAGAUGGAAGUUCUUCGUGAUUUUGGAAGUGGAAAAGUAUCUAUAAGACAAGUUGACUCAAUUCUCAGCGAUAUAAUAAAAACUCCUAAAACUACCUUUCUUCAAGAUGCAAUCAAUUAUUCAGAAUUACUUUUUUCCACUAUCAAUACUCAUAGGAACACAUGUAUUGGAAUACUAGUCGCAAUAAGUAUAAUAAUUUUAAGCAGAUUCGUAACGUGGACGAGAGGAACGAUAAUUUUUCUCAUCUUUGAUAUGAUUAUCAUCAUCAGUUUUUUCAUGACGUGGUACCAACUCAUUAAGGAGGCUGAAAUUAAACAAACAGCAAAACAAAUGGUUUAUGCAAACCUGCCGCUGGAAUGUCAACCCGACAAAAUGAGCAUGAUCCAAUACAUUAUUUCGAAAAUUUCAUUUAAAGAAAGCACAUUUGAAUGUGAAAAGUAUUUUGAGGCGAGGACGAUUGAUCCAGUCGCUCAAGUGACACCAGCUCACGCUUUAUCUCAUAUGUGCACUAAUUUUAUUAUUCAUCCUGUGAGUUUAGCUGGACACAUGGUCGGGAACUUCGUUGAAAAUGCCACUGGAAGAAUGUCGUGGCCAAUGAAAUGGGUCGUGACGCUUUUACUCUUCAUUGGAGUCGCUUUAGUUAUAGUUAUGCUUCCAUUUUCUCUAUUCGGAGGAUCACUCGGUAUCGGAUUCGGCCCACUUUUCCAUUUUACGUUAAGCGGAGCCAAGCAGAAGGAAAGGAGGCGUUUAAGCGAGGGAAACAGACGAGAAAGGAUUGAACUAAUUCGAGAAUUGCCGACAAAUGUCACAAUUCCGAGGAUAGAAUUGAGUUCUAAGAAAAUAAAAGAAACGACAGAUAUUGCUCGGUUGGAAAUAGAGAACAAGGAUUUGAAAGAGGAAGAGACGAUGUUGGAAAGUGGUUUGGAUUUUGUUUCUUUCGAUCAAGCUAAAGGAGAUUCUGCCAUUUCUGAUGAGUGCGAUGAGGAAACUCGUAAACUAGAAUUAAGCGAUAAAGAAAAAAUCAAGACGAAGUCCAUUCAAGAAGCUGGAGGCGGAGACGGUUGAGCUUAAGACUGGUCGAGGUAGCUUUUCUAUAUUUUUAUAAUUAACGGAAAAGUAUAAAAGAUUAGGGCAAUAUAUUUUUAAUAAUUUUACUAUAAGAUUGAAAUUUUCGGUGAAAUCUGUUCACAAAAAUAUAAUGUCUAUAUAAAUAAAUCCAGGGUGUCUACUCUACCUGAAAUUAUCAGGGAAUUUUUUUUAAGUCAGGGAAUGGUUUCGAGUACGCGAUUAAUUUUUUUUUUUUUUUUAAUUGCAAUAUAAAAUUUAAUAGCG